CAAUAGCGCGUGUCCCGUGCGCAGUCCAUAUGUCAGGCGGGCUCCCUCGGGACGAUGACCUGAAGCGAGCUGACCCCAUACACUUGCUGGAGUCUUGUCUCUCUGCCUGGGAAUAUUCCGUGGAUUACAAGUAUCUUUUCCCGAGGAGUAGGUGAAGAGAGGGCAUCAUGGGGAAGUUGCACUCUAAGCACGCAGGCAAUAGAAGAGAGAAUCCUGAAGGAGACAGUUUUGCUGUGAAUUCUUAUAUUAAUCGCAAGGGAUUUGAAGGCUGUGAGCACUUCGUGGGAUUGGAAAGCAAAGUAAAGGACAGACAUGAGGAGCUAAUAGCUGGAGCAGUUAAAGAUGGACAGGAUAAUCAAUUUGCUCUGGAGGUUAACCUUCCACCCAAGAAAUUAGAAGGAUCUGAACAGCAUGUAUAUUCAUCUCUACUUGAAGAUCCUGAAAAACCUCAAAAUAAAGAAGGGACUAGAGGAUUGGACAAGAAACAUAUUAAUAUUGAUGAUAUGUCUAGUUUGAUGCACACAAUUUAUGAAGUUGUAGAUCAGUCUGUCAACCACUCCUCUAACAGCAGUAAAACACUCCGGUUGAAACUAACUGUGAGCCCUGAACCUUUAACAAAGAAAAGGGAAAAUUCAAGUGCUACUCAAGACAGAGAAGCCAUCAGACCUGAAAUCUCUGAAGAAAUAAAAGUUGCUGAGAAGCGUUUAUCUGCUCAUGUCAGGAUAAAUAUCAGUGAGCAACAAUCGUGCAAUGAAACCGGUGAUCAUUACUGUGUAGAUGAAAAUACAGAACGCAGAAACCAUUAUCUUGACUUAGCUGGAAUAGAAAAUUAUACGUCAAGAUUUGGUCCAGGGUUACCUGAUGACCACUGUAAGCCAGAACAGCACAAGAGUAAUCAUUCUCAGAGGAGGUCACAUUCACAAGAAUCAGAUACCCAUCCAGUGCAUCACAGGAGGUCACAGGUAUUUAGCGAUUAUUCAACUCCACUGAUAGAACCAAUGCCUCGACUACCUGAAAUGCAGCAAAGGAGCAGGAGCCAGGAUAAGCAAUUUAUGAAGACACCCAAAGGAUGUGUAAAACCUUCCACAGUACCCAAUGGUAUAAGUGGUGGAAAAUCAGGAAAAGUUAUGAACUACAGCAUGCCAGUGACUCCAUCUCAAGCUGUUCAGAAUGGGCAGGAUAUUUAUCACCUCCAGCAACAGCAAUACAACCACAAGAGGUACAGACAGAAGAGCAAAGAUGUUCAUUCACCUAUCAAGACCUCUCAUUCCCAACCAGCUGUAGAGCAUGAAUUCACCCGGGACUUCCCACCUGUUCUAACCAAUGAGGGCUAUGUUAUUCCUGUCAUACAAAGACAUGAGCAUCAUCAUCACCAUGAGCACCACCACCACCAUCAUUACCACCACUAUCAUCAGUCAUAAAACAUAAACAUAUACAGAGAAAAGCACAGGAAUGAACUAUUUCUCUUUCAAUUGCAGUAUUCCAGUUUCUACCUAUGGCAAGAAAAUUAGCUACGUUUUAUCUCAGGUUUGUACAGCUCUGUGGGCUGUACUUCAUGUUUUUUUUACAGGUUCUUUGUAUGUAUACUCUUGAUUUAUAAUCAAAGCAAUUUAAAACCACUGCCAGUGUAAGCUACUAUAUUAUUUGGUAUAACCUAAGAUAUAUAUUUAUAUUUUUAGAAGAAACAUUUAUAACUAGGUAGGACAGUUUUAUAACGAGAUUAUCAUACCUGUGACCAUUUUCAUUAUCUUAAUAUUUGUACAAUUUAGCAAACAAUUUGUGUAGUGUGCAUUUAGCAUUGCAUUACUUAUUAGUGUCCUCACAUGUAUUGAAAGCAUAUUAAACUGUCAAAAUUGUAACCGUUAUGGAUGAGUUCAGUUAGGUUUGCUAAAAUAAUCUAAAAUAGGACAGUUUGUGCUGAUGUGGCCAUUUGUUGCUCCUGUCGAUAAAAUGGCUGCAGAUAGGACACUGGAGGAGAUUUAUCAAAACUGGUGUAAAGGAAAACUGGCUGCCUAGUUGCCCCUAGAAACCAAUCAUAUUCCGCCUUCCAUUUUCCAAAGGAGCUCUGAAAAUUGAAAGGUUGAAUCUGAUUGGUUGCCAGGGGCAACUAGGCAAGUUUUCCUUUACACCAGUGUUGUUAAAUCUCCCCUGCUGUAUUUAUUUAGGGAAAGGGAUUUGUAGCCAUCUCUUUGUCUGAGUUAAGCUUUCUAUUCUUCAGAUCUGUCAGAAAAAGAUAAAUAAAAACUGUUAUUUUGAGCAUAAGUUAUGAUCAGUUUGUGUCACUUUCGUCAGAGAUCAGUUAUUUUUGAUGGGAGAAAAAUUCCUGCAUGCAAAAGACGGAUCAGUUAUUCUUAAUGCAAACUGAUGCUAACUGAAAAUAAAGGAUCCCUUCUUGUUCUGACGGGUCAGAAGAACCAAAAGCAAAUUUCUGACAGGAGAAAAAUUCCUGCAAAGCAGGACUUUCUCCAUUCAGAAAUAACUGAUCUGUAAUGGAACUGACAGAAACUGAUGCUCAAAAUAAUGGAUUCUUUGUUUUUCCUGUUCUGACGGAUCAGAAGAACGGAAUGCUAAACAGUGAUGUGAACUCAGACUUGGCUGACUCCUUCGCUUUAUUUUUUUUCUUGCUUCUCCCAUUUUGCGUCUAUAGCAGAGUGUUGUCAGAUGGGUAGCCUCCUUGGCUUAGAUGAUGUUGCAUGAUGAUGAUACUGAGUUCACAGUUAUCAGAUGCUGAAACUAGUGACACCAAUAGCAGCAGAAAAGGACAGGAUACAAGAAAAAUAAAACAAACCACCUGUGAGUUGGUGAUGAUGCAGCUGCAAAGGUAUGCAGCCUGUUGUACUUCAUUGAGGACAUUCUUUUAGAUGCAUUUAAACAAGGGCCCUGACUUAUCAUGCCUUCACUCCUGAUUUCUAGCCUCAAAAAGUGGAUUUGCUUAUGCAAAAAUGUUGCGACUUUUCGCAAUUUUUCACCACUCACACCAGUUUUGAAAUAUGGGUGGGGACGUGGUUAGCUAUAUUAAGGAGUUUCACUCCAGAUUUAUCACCAAGACUUUUUGAAAAAGUCGCAUUCUCACUCAAGUAGGAAGGUGGAGUAGGAAAACUGGAGUAGCAUUUCUAGACAAAAGAAUUAGGUUUAACAAUGAGACAAAUUUAUCAAACAUAUGACAUUUGAUAAAUGUGCCAUAAAGCAGCGGUCCCCAACCGUCAGGCCAUGGCCCAGGACCUGGAAGAUUGUUUGCUGGGCCGUAGCAAUCAAGGCCGUCUUUAACACAGUACUAAUGAAGCGCUUCCAUUAUGAAGGCUCUGUACUCACUGCUUCCUGGUCCUCGGCUUGGCUGUCGGCUGUGCAGGGCUGCGCACAGCGUGAGUGCGCACUGUGAUCUCACACUGUGCGCCGCACCCGCGAUACACAGCCCACAGCAGGAUGGAGAGGAUCGCGAUGGUGAGGAGCAGUGGCGUCCAGGAGUUUUUUAUUUGCGCUGAUGGCUGGCUGAUAUGGGGGGGCUGAUGGCCGUCUGACAUGGGGGGCUCAUUGCCGUCUGACAUGGGGGCAGAUGCAGGGGAGGGCUGGCAGCCUUAGUCCUGGGGGGAAAUCCAUUCAAGUGGCCCAUUUUUAGCCCCACCCAUUAUUUAAAGCCCCUCCUACAUAUAAUAGGCCACUCCCAACAAACACUGUACAG